AUGGAAGGUCUAAAUAUCUUCAUGAAGGAUGCCUGCGAUAAAGGUCUAUUCCAUGGAAUUAACAUCCCAAAGAGUAAUACUUGCCUUUCUCACCUCUUCUACGCCGAUGAUGCGAUGUUCGUUGGUGAAUGGACGAGAGGAAAUCUCAAAAAUUUGGCUAGAAUUAUUCGUUGUUUCCAUGUGUCUUCCGGGUUAAAAGUAAACCUCUCUAAGUCAAAGGUGUUUGGAAUUGGUGUAUCCGAUCGUGAACUGACAUCUAGCGCUAGUGUACUUGGAUGUGACACAUGUGCUUUUCCUUUCACCUACUUGCGGUUCCCAGUAGGAGCCAAUAUGAACCUCAUUAAAAGUUGGAAACCUAUUAUUGAUAGUGUUCAAGUUAGGUUUUCUUAUUGGAAAGCAAACACUCUUUCUAUCGGCGGGCGUUUCACCCUUGUGAAGUCGGUAAUGGGAAGCCUUCCACUGUAUUUCUUUUCCAUAUUUAAAGCACCUAUCGGAGUAAUUGAAUCAUUGGAGAAAACACGAAUGAGAUUCUUGUGGAAUGGAAAUUAG